GGGCCGGAAGUGUCGCUCCCUAGUGGGGGCUGUUCAUGGCGGUUCCGGGGUCUCUAACAUUUUUCCCGGUUGUGGUUCUAAAUCUGUUGGCAGCGGAGGCACCGGAGCUUGAGGUUCUUGCUGGUGUGAAAUGACUGAGUACAAACUGGUGGUGGUUGGAGCAGGUGGUGUUGGGAAAAGUGCGCUGACCAUCCAGCUAAUCCAGAACCACUUUGUAGAUGAAUAUGAUCCCACCAUAGAGGAUUCUUACCGAAAACAGGUGGUUAUAGAUGGUGAAACCUGCCUGUUGGACAUCCUGGAUACAGCCGGACAAGAGGAGUACAGUGCUAUGAGAGACCAGUACAUGAGGACAGGCGAAGGUUUCCUCUGCGUAUUUGCCAUCAACAACAGCAAGUCAUUUGCAGAUAUUAACCUCUACAGGGAACAGAUUAAGCGAGUAAAGGACUCAGAUGAUGUACCUAUGGUGCUAGUAGGAAACAAGUGUGAUUUGCCAACAAGGACAGUUGACACAAAACAAGCCCACGAACUGGCCAAGAGUUACGGGAUUCCAUUCAUUGAAACCUCAGCCAAGACCAGACAGGGUGUUGAAGAUGCGUUUUACACACUGGUAAGAGAAAUACGUCAGUACCGAAUGAAAAAACUCAGCAGCAGUGAUGAUGGCACUCAAGGUUGCAUGGGCUUGCCUUGUAUGGUGAUGUAACAAGAUACUUUUAAAGUUCUAGCAUCAGAAAAGAGCCACUGUCAAGCUGCACUGACAAUGACACCUUGGUCCUGACUUCCUGGAGGAGAAGUAUUCCUGUCAUUAUCUUCAGUCUCACAAAGAAGUUCCCGCCACUUCCCCAACUCUCAGUAGAUCAGUACAAUAUUCCCUUUUAAGAAGUUCUCAGAAUAACUACCUCCUCACUUGGUUGUCUGACCAGAGAAAUGAACCUCUUGUUACUCUCCAGUACUUUUCCAGCCUGGGUUCUCCCCAAACACACAGAGACACACCUCUGCCACCCCAGGUUUUUCAUCUGUAAAGCAAUUCAUGCUCUGAAACAGAGAAGCAAACUGUAGACAUGAUAUUCUCUAGAAAACAAUGUCUUGAGCUCUAAAGUAGCAACUGCUGGUUAUUUGUUUUGUUUUGUUUUUACUUUUGAACUUGGGACUGUGUUGGUUUUUGGAGACAUGUUAAACGUUGCUGUUUUGCUGGAAAUAUAGUUGAUGUUGCUGUUUGGUUUGCUCGUCAUGUUAUUGGCCGUAUUCUAUCAACUGGCAUCUGCUCUUUAUUCAGAAAUACAAAAGUGAAUAGUGAGUACUGACUUUGGAGUCUAUCCUAGUCUUCUCAACUUUCAUGCAAUUAAAUCUGACUUUCACAAUGAAGUGCCUUUUUCCUAGAAGGGAUUUGUAAACUUCCUGUACAAUAGUACUUCAGUGGAGUAGAUGUCUCGAAAACCAUUAUAUAUGAAAAUGAAUGUCUGAGAUAUGUCUGACCUAUCUACCUUUGAGGGAAAGAUAUAGCGAUAUGGUAGCAGAUGCCGUUUCUUACAUGGAUGAAGUUAGCUUCCCAGAGACCUGUUUUUGGCCUUCCCAAGAGACAGAUGAAACUGGAAACAGUUAUAAAUAAUUUCACUUAAUUUUUACCUACGCUCCACUUUUUUUUUGUAGGUUAGUACCUACAAAAUGUAAUUUGUUUCUUCUAGCUUACUGAUCAUCUGAUGUUCAGUGAACUUCAUAUUUUAAAUUUGGGUCAUAUCAGAAAGCUCUACAUUUUCAGGUGAUCAAAAUUUGAUUCAGUAUUACUUAAUGAUCAGUGAUUUUUCAAGUCUCAAACAUAUAUUAACAGGCACAUUUUCACUGUAUAUCAUGGUAUCUUAAUGAUGUAUGUAAUUGCUCUCAAUCCCCUUCUCAGUCUUACCCUCUGUCCCUCACCCCACAGUAACUGCAGUUUGAUUAUUUCAGUUGAGUAAAGCAUGGUGCUAAUGGACCAGGGUCACAGUUUCAAAACUUGAGUGAGCCAGUUGGCAUGCCAGAGGGAGAAAUUCUGCCACAUUUGCUUAUUGCACCACUAACUCCAGCUAGUCGUUUUGCCCGAUGUAUACGCUUAAGCCCUACGAGGAAAGGAGAGGUCAGCUAGCACAAAUCCUUUACCAUGACUGGAAAAACUUGGUAUCCUGAGAAUGGUCAGCUUAGAAGUCCUUAUCCAUAAAGUAUCUAGACUUUUUCUUAGCCACAUGGAAGCUCUAAAUUAAGCCAUAUUUUUCCUCAUUGUUUUUUUGAGAAUGAGAGUGCCUAAGAUUAAAAUUUUAAAGAAUUUUCUUUAUCCGUAAUGUUCUUUGAAGGGUUUCAACCAGGAUGUUGAUUAACAAGUCUGUGCAUAUGAGAUAGCAAAAACUGGUCAGUCAGAGGUUGUUCAGAACAAGAAAUAGCCUUUGGAUUGAAAUUGCUGUUUGAGAAGGGAAUGGAAACUGUAAUUAAUUGUUAUGAUUUGGAGAUUUGGCUUUUCCAUUUGCAAAUAAAACCCUGAUAAUUCUAAUGAAAAUUAGAAUUAGAUAACUUUUGAUAAAAGACUAGUUCCAAAAUGACCACCUUCUGUUCAGGUCUUUCAAUAUGUAAGUACUUACUGAGGUCCUCCAUCUUCUAAUAUGAAUUUCCACUUACUAAGCAAACUCCACAUUUCCUUGAAACGAAUUCAGAAGAGAGGAAGAAAUACACACUGUGCCCAGAGUGUAAUAAACCUGGAGAGUUUGCAAUUAGUGCUAAUUCUGAGAGCGUUCAUAGUGCUGCUGUCAGCACCUGUGAACAGAAAUGCUCUGCUGCUUUGUUUCUGUUCCUUGGGAAGCAUCACUCUAAUUUUUCUUGGGGCUGGAUUGAGGCUUGUCACCUCCAUUGUCGACGUUGUCUUCCUCCUGUUUCUGUGACUGACAUUGUGACUCUUUUUUUCUAAUGUCGAAUUAGGGGAAAAGAUACUGAUUUGGGGGCUCUUGUUUCCAUAGCCCUUGUAUGUAUGCACCUUACAGUUUUCUCCAGUAUGUUGUAAGCACAGAAGUAUCUAAAUGGGGCCAAAAA